AUGUACGGCAUUCAAUUCGCUCACUGCGCCCGCGGGUAUAUAUCGCCGAUGUGCGUGCAAGCCCAUAUAUGGCGGGUGAAGUGUGCCGUCAGCUCAUACAAUUGGCGCGUGAGUUGCAAGCAGGAUGCGCAAACCCAUUUGCGAGUUUGCUGGAGCCGUACUCGCACAUAG